AUGCCGACGGAAGCUCGGGCGUUCGAGCUCCUGGCCUCCAGCGGGGAGGCGCGCAGGCUGCCGCACCGGGGCCGCGGCUCGGAGCUCCGGGUGCUGGACUUCGGCUGCGGCGACGGCCGCUACUUGCCGCUGUACCUGCGGGUCGCGGGCGCCCUGCGCGAGGCGCUGGGCGCCUCGCUGCGGGUGGUGGCCUACGACAUCUCCACGGAGGCCCUGCGGGCGUUUCGCAGCCGCGCCGAGGAGGCGGGCCUGCGACGCGUCGGCGGGGCGGGCUCGGGCCCGGACGUCCUGGCGCUGGGGGCGCUGUCCGUGCACUUCGUCCUCGGGGACGGGGCGGCCGAGCUGGGCGCCGUGCGCGAGUCACUGCUGAAAGCGGGGCCGGUGUUCGACCUCGUCGUGGUUGGCUGGGGGACCCUGUCCUCCGUACCGAGGCUCCCGGGCAUCAGCCCUGCGGGGCUACUGGAGCUGUUCGCCCAGAUGGGCCACGCCAUCUUACGUCGCAUCUUCGGCAGACCUUGUUUGUCCUAG